AUGACGAAAAAAAAAAAUCAAGACUAUACACUUGAGUAUAAAUGGUUAGAAAAUGAUUUGUCAAAAUCAUCAAUGUUAAAAUCUGUAAGUCAUGUGGACAUGGACGACUAUAGACUUAUUCCACUUUAUCCCACACUAGAAGAUAUAACCGAUGGACCGCCUUCAUUGUGUGCAAAUCAAGUUAACCGCCCAUAUGCAAGUUGUGAUGAAUACCUAAAUAACUUUUUUCGCCUAAUGCGAGAAGAUUUUGUUUCAGUAAUUAGAGAUACUUUAAAAACUUACAAACAAGGAUUAGAUACACAAACUAUGUGGUACUAUGCCAAUGUGAAAAUUGAAACGAAGAGAAAUUCAUCUGUAACAAUGUUUUUUAGAUUUGAUACACCUAUUCAUGCUAAAGCUUUUAACUAUGAAAAUAGUAAACGAUUUAAAAAUGGUGCUUUAUUGUUACUUUCAAAAGAUAAAUUUACUACAUUCAGCCUAGGAAUUAUAACUGAUACAUUUAGAUUAAAUAAAGGCAUUGUUGGUGUUGAUGUUGUUGAUUUUGAAGAAGUAAAUAAAUGGAUAUCGAUUGACUUAUUGGAACCGCAGGUUUUUUACGAACCUUACAGAUAUGUUCUGGGAGUAUUCCAAGACUUGUGUGAAACAAAUUUCCCAAUGAAGAAUUAUAUUAUUCAUGGUAUAAAAGAAAUAUCCUAUCCUAGUUAUUUAGUAGGCAAUUCUAUUUACACUAUUAAUGGGAUUACAUUUGAUAUUCUUCAAAAUGACCAAUGGCCUUCAGCUGAAAUAUUAAAUAUGGAUAUCAAUCAAUAUGAAGCAUUUAAAGGGGCUUUAACUAAAGAAUUUGUUAUGAUACAAGGACCACCUGGUACUGGCAAGACUUAUAUUGGAUUAGAAAUUGUGAAGAUUAUUAUUGAAAACAUGUAUGAUACAAACAAAAUCAAGCACCCUAUUAUGGUUGUCUGUAUGACAAAUCAUGCCUUAGAUCAAUUUCUUGAGGGUAUAUGGAAAAUAACAAGAAAUAUUUCAAGAUUUGGACGUGGUACUAAAAGUGAUAUUUUAGUGAACUAUAUUCCAAAUAUGAGUGUAGCUCGCAAGGAUGAGUGUGCUAACAUAUAUGUGGAUGCCAAACGAAAUGUAAAAACUUCAAUACAAAAGGAAAAUGAGCAUCUAUUUAAUAUUAAAGAAGUUGAUCGCAAUGAAGGUGUGGUUGAUUUGUCUUUACUUAUACAAGUGCUUGAAGAAAGUGGUUUUAAUACAUGGUUUCAAGAUUCAUAUGAUUUACUUGCGUGGUUAUUACAUGAUAUUUCUGCUGUUAAUGGUAUAAACCCUAUAGACUUUAUAAAAAAAGAUAAAUUACUUGCUACUCAGUUAUCAAAAUCAAAUAAAAAUGAAGCUAAUAAAAAAGUUUAUUUUAUAACUCUAAAAAGUAUAAAACUGUAUUGUACUCAAAUUCAAUGUCAAUUAAAUGGUAUGAGUCAUAAUCAAAAAGAUGACAAAGUUCCUAAAAAGCAAGAUUUAGAACAUGCAUUAAAAAUAAUGAAGACUGUAGAGGAUUACAUAGUCAAACAUUUAAAAUUGUAUAAGUCUAGAUCUGAGAACUAUAAAAACCAAAAUAACCGUGAUUUAUUAGAAAAGAGAGAUCGAUGGUUAUUGUAUUAUAAUUGGGUUCGUUUGUAUUUAACAAAAGAAUAUAAUAGUAUUAAAAAUAUGAAAGAUACUACUCGUCAAUGUAGACGAGAUAUGAACAAGUUUAAAUCAAUUGGAUUUUUGAAACCAGUUCAAAAUAAAUAUGUGAUUGGUAUGACAACAACUGCCGCUGCUAAAAAUAGAUAUUUGCUAAAAAAUCUUAAAUGUCCAAUUGUUAUAAUUGAAGAAGCAGCAGAGGUUCUAGAACCUCAUAUUGUGGCAUCAUUGUCUGAAUAUUGUGAACAUGUUAUUCUCAUUGGUGAUCAUAAACAACUGCGUCCUCAAACCGCUAAUCAUAACAUAGGCAAAAAAUAUCGACUUGACAUUUCAUUGUUUGAACGUAUGGUAAACAAUAAAAUUCCAUCAUAUGUAUUAGCUGAACAACACCGCAUGCGACCAGAAAUUGCAGGCUUGGUUGCACCAACUAUUUAUCCAUAUUUGAGAAACCAUGUAUCUGUUAUGGAACGGCCACAUGUUAAAGGAGUGGGAAUGGAUAUAUUUUGCAUGACUCAUAAUGUUCAUGAAGAAAAAAACAAUGAGUUAUCCAGUUUCGUUAAUAGUGUUGAGGCAAACUAUUUGGUUGCAUUGGCAGAUUAUCUAUUAAAGCAAGGAUAUUAUCCAGAAGAUAUAACUAUUAUGGCAAUGUAUAAUGCUCAAGUCGUAUACAUUUCUAAUUUGAUUAAUUCACCACCUUUUGAACAUUUGGAAAACAUUAGAGUUUCUUCAGUGGAUGCCUAUCAAGGGGAAGAAAAUGAAAUUGUUUUAUUGUCAUUAGUUCGUAGUAAUAAUAACAAUAGUAUUGGAUUUUUGAAGACCAAUAAUAGAGUUUGUGUUGCUUUAUCAAGAGCUAGAUUGGGAUUUUAUAUGGCUGGUGAUUUGAAAUUACUUGCUAGAGCCAGCAAAUUGUGGAAUAGUAUUAAAACAUACUUAUGCAGUUUGAAUGCAUUGGGUCCAAAAUUAUUGUUGAAGUGUCAAAUUCAUAACAAAGUUAUAGGAAGUGCAUCAAGUGGUUUAGAUUUUGAAAAAUUAACUGGAUGUCAAUUAAAAUGUAAUGUUAAACUUUCUUGUGGGCAUUUAUGUAAGGAAUUAUGUCAUAUUGAAGAUAGGGGCCAUUUAAUGGUUAAGUGUUCAAAUGUUUGCAAUAGGAAAUGCCCUAGAGAUCAUCAAUGCCGUAAAAUGUGUCAUGAAGAGUGUUUAUGUCAAGAGUUGAUUAAUGAAAUUACCAAUUGUGGGCAUAUUGUUCAGGGAAAAUGCAGUGAUAUAGAAUAUAUGAAAUGUGAUAUCAAGGUUAAAAAAAUAUUAAAUUGUGGGCACACACUUGAGAAAAAAUGCUAUGAACAAUUUAAUUGCAUUGAAGUAUGUAACAAAUCUAACUCAAAUUGUUUAUUUAGGCAUUUAUGCAAGAAACCAUGUGGUGUAAAUUGUGGUUUAUGUACAUAUCCUAUUCCAAUAAUAAUGAAAUGUGGACAUAUUUCAGAAUUAUCUUGUUCUCAACAACCAGACACAGUAGAAUGUUCAGAAUGCAAGGAGGGUAAUCAGAUACCUCCAAUGUCAACUGAAAAGAAAUUAUAA